AUGGCUUUAUUUUACCCCAUCCAAACCCCAAGUUUACCUUUGAAAUGGGACGAGCAGUUAUGGACAGCACCCAUCGGAUGUUGUGAAGAGUUCCUACUUCUACGAAUCCUCUCCAUAAAACAGAAAACUGAUUCAGGGAAAGAACUCUUAAGUUAUUGGAGUGAGAAAGUUGUUGGAUUACGAACAGAAAGUGAUGAUGAAGAACAUGACACGGACGAAUAA